UUUAGAGCAGCGACAACUUCAGUUUAAACUAUACGUUGUCAAUGCCAUACUAUAAUACGUAAUCAUAGAACGCACAAGCUGUUUAAGGACAUUUGUAUAAUAUUUCUCUUGAGACACGGAUUUUCAACUUCCAAGACAAAUUCGUAUCCCGGUGGAAAAUCUCAUCUUGUAUCCUAAGCAGCACAAUAUUGACAGUAAUUCGCGGUAAAAAAAAAUGGAGCAUUUUUUGUUUGCCCUGCUAAUUCUGUCAAUGACGAUUGUAAGCAUUGGAAUCGGAAUAGACGUUAAACAACAAUGGAAAUAUGCUGAAUAUGACUGGGACAGUAAGCAGCAGAUGGACAACGCAGUAAAAGCUGGCAUUUAUAAAAUUCGUGAUACUUUAUUAUACGAUGUAGAUAAAGCAGAGGAUGGUAGAGUAUUCGUUACUGUGCCGAAUUAUCUGGGCCCUGGUUCACCUGCGUCUUUGACGACAAUAACUAAUAAGAAAGCAGUCGGAGGUCCCCGUGUACAUCCAUAUCCAGAUUGGGAUUGGCAUAAUGGAAAAAGUAAUUCAUGCGAUGUUAUUGUAAAUGUUGCCCGAAUACAUAUUAAAUGUAAUCACCUCUUCGUUAUGGAUAACGGUAAAAUCGGGACCAACCAACUUUGUGUACCAAAACUAUUGAUCUUCGAUUUAUCAAAUGAUAAGCUAGUUAAGACUAUUUCUAUUCCAUUUAAUAUCGCUUUUAACGAAACGGGCUUGGGAAUAUUAAUAACGCCUGUCGUUUAUGUUCCCGGAGAAUGCACGCGGUUACUGAAUGAAAUGACUAUAUUUGUAACCGAACCACAAGGUUACGGUUUAGUGGUGUAUGACUCAUCUACAAAGCGUAUGUGCAGAGUCGAAUCUGAUUAUAUGAAAUCGACCAAUAACAAUUUCAACAUAGCAGGUGAACAUUUUAUUUAUGACGGCGGUAUCUUUAGUUUGGCAAUCGCUGGCGAUGAUCUUUAUUAUGCUGCUCUAACGGGAAAUGAAAUCUAUAAAAUAAAAAUAAAGACGCUAUUAGAAUGUCCCAAUAAAGAAAAGAGUAAUGAUCAAAGUAAACUCGUGACUAAAUUACAAAGUCAAGCACCAUCUUUGGCAGCAGCUGGACAACGUAUAUUAUUUUAUAGCGAUUUUGAAGGAACGUCUAUUCUAGGCAUGAACCUUAACAAAUCUGGUAACAACACGGUGGUAUUAGCGCAAGAUAACAAAAAAUUACAAGUUAUAAGUGGGAUGAAAUAUAUACCUUCUUCAGAUCAGCUAAUAUUUUUAUCAAAUAGAGUUCAGCGUCACAUUUUAAAUACAGUGAAUGUAGACGAAAUAAACUAUCGCUAUUUCGAAAUGGAUGGACAAGAAAUACGAAAAAAAUUAAAUUUGUAAUCACU